GCAAAAUGGCUCUACCUGCAUCCUAUCCCCUAAAAACAGGCCACAGCAUUCCAGCCAUCGGCCUCGGAACAUGGCAGUCCAAGCCCAACGAGGUCAAAGAGGCCGUCUGCACAGCUUUAAAAGCCGGGUACCGCCACAUCGACGCUGCUGCAGUCUACGGCAAUGAGAAGGAGGUCGGAGAGGGAAUUAAACUAUCUGGUGUUCCCCGAGAAGAGAUCUUCAUCACCAGUAAAUUAUGGAACACACAUCACGAACCCGAACACGUGGAGGAGGCGCUCGAUCAAUCCCUCCGCGAUCUUCAGGUUGACUAUUUAGAUCUCUAUCUGAUCCAUUGGCCCGUUUCAUUUCGGUACUCGACGACGACGAUUCAGCCUGUGGACGCGGAAACCGGGCUGGUCGAUGUCAUUGACGUUCCGAUCAAGGAUACCUGGGCUGCGAUGGAGAAGCUCGUGGAGAAGGGGAAAGUGCGGUCCAUUGGAGUGAGCAAUUUUACUCGGCAGAGGAUUGAGGAGUUGAUGACUACGGCUCGGAUCCACCCGGCCGUCAACCAGAUCGAAGCACAUCCCUACCUCCAGCAGAGGGAUUUGCUCGAGUGGUCCAAGCAACAGGGAAUUGUGAUAACCGCUUACUCGCCCCUAGGGAACAACAUCUACAAUAUUCCUCGGGCUGUCGAUGAUCCAACCGUUAUCCAGGUUGCCAAAGAGCUAGGCAAAACACCCGCGCAGGUGUUGAUCAGCUGGGCCAUUCAACGCGGGACGUCGGUCGUGCCAAAGUCGGUGACCGCGGAGAGGAUUAAAAGUAAUCUCGAGGUGUUCGUCUUACCCGAGCAUGUCUUUGAGAGAAUCCAGGCGUUGGACCGCCACCAGCGGAUGAAUUUCCCGGCUAGACUGGGAGUCGAUAUCUUUGGGGAGGUGGGCGAGGAAUCAGCCAGGCAGAGUGCGUUGGAGUGGGCUAGACAGCAGAAGAUGCAGGCAAAGUAA